GCCGCGUCACGACGCUUUCCGUAUUGUUUUUAUAAGUUUUCUUCAAUUUGUAAUAGUUUUCACGGUUAUUUUUGAGUGAAAUCAGUGAUUUAUUGAGUGUGUUAUUCUAAGAAUGCAGAUAUGUCAAAGGAUCAAGUAUCGAGGUGGUCCGAUGGCGGUCGCGAUGCGAACGCCACACGGGGCGGCGACUGGCAUCUCAUUUUCUACAUGCAUCAGGCGCACGAGUUUCCGAAGAUCACAGCGAGCUUUCAUCGACGGUCGCACACAAAAAGAAAGUACGCACACGAAGAUGCACCCGGGUUUCAUAUUUAUCACUUCACAGCUGCACACCUAUGAUCGAUCCUUAUCCAAGAUGGCCGCCGGCGCGCUGCGCGAACAGGCGGGAUACAAGCGCAUGCGCACCUCCUCCGCCAUACCGCAGACCCGUCAAUCUUUUUCACUGCACGCAAUUGAUUAACGCAUUCUACUUAUUAAUUAUAUUAUCAACACGCUAAGUUCAAACAAGCGUGCUCACUCGUACACGAUUUUUGCUGCACUAAAAUUCAAAAAACUUAGGCGUACCUAUUCAAAACUUGAAAGCCAUAAAACAUAUCUCCCCCAUUAUUAGUUUAUGGCUUGCGAGUUGCGACUGUUACGGGGCUAUUAUGUUGUUAUUUUUGUGUGUAUUCAGUUUUUGUUUUGAUUGUGUGCGGUGGACGGACGAGCCAAUUUGGGGAACCAUUACAAACGCUUCUAUUGAGUACGUAGGGCAUUCUUUAUGAACUGCUUGUCAAGGUCGUUUCAUUUGUCUAACCAUACUUAAGUACAUAAUAAAAAGUUUUUGUUUUUUCGAGUAUUAACAACAUAAUUGUAUAUUUCUUUACAUAUUUUAUUGAGUAAUAAUUAUUUUAAGGAUCUAGUUAUGUAAUUGUUAUUAGAAUAUUAAAAUUAUAAUAAAAAUAUGUUUGUUUAUCUUCUAAUAAUUAAAUGUAUUUCUAUGUAUAUAUAAAAACUAAUUUAGAUUCGAUGCGCAUCGAAAACAUAAACUAGAGCACUCUUCUUGACGUGUAUCAUGAGUCACGGAUGCGUUAGUCUGCAUUCUAUAGAAACUAAAGAUUUAUAACCUAAACUCAAGUAAAGUGCAACGCAUAGCUAAGUGCU